AUCCUUCUGUUGCUCUGUUGCUCUGAAGGAAAGCGAGAGAGAGAUAGAGAGAGGGAGCGCACACUUUCAACCUGUUGCAGACGACGAUGAAGGGCAUGCGGCGUCUCCGGAGGUGUUUGUCGACUCGCUUUGAGGACAGAUCGUCGAUUAAUCGCGACUAGAGCCGAAGGAAUCGCCUGCGUAAAAGCCGUGCCAAAGGAGGAGCCUCGGUUUGGGGUAAUUUAGGUGUUUUUCUGGAGGCUCCGCCCUCCCACCUGUUAACGGAAUUAGGAGCCUGCCUGAUGCCGCUGGGGGUAAAACACGCUGGUUGAAGGGGGGAAAAGGGCGAUUAAUCGGGGCAGGAGGGCUAAACGUCAGUAAGGUAGGGCGCGUCACUGCUGGGUCACUCGUAGCCUACUUGGACACACACAUUCUGAUGGACAUCUUCAAGACUGGAGAAGAUGCUUAGAUGAUCGAAUAAAAAGAGAGAGAGAGAGAAGCUGAGAAAGAAAAACACAUAUACUCAUACUUAGAAAGAAAAAGAGAAAAAAGAAAUAGAGAGAGAGAGCUGUAGUAGGAUCCAGGCUCUAAGCUCUAGGCUGGCACUGCCACCCAGUACCACACCAUCAUCACCCCCUUCAGCAUCAUCAGCAUCAUCAUCAGCAUCAGCACCACUUUGACCACCAGUCCAGGGGGCUCUCGGAUUGAGAACGAUGGCCCAGCCCCGGCCAGCUCAAGCCCGUGCCCGGACCCCCCAACCCGCCCAUCACAACUGACCAUGGAGCGCAGAGAAGCCGAGGUCACCAAGCCGUGAUGACCAACCUGGUGUCCAGCGAGGUGUCCAACAGGAGAAACAGGAUGGAUGUGGUCAUCCCGUACACUUCGGAUGUGCCAUGUGACAGCAACGGGCAGCGCAUGUGGUGGGCUUUCCUGGCCUCCUCCAUGGUCACUUUCUUCGGUGGGCUCUUUAUCAUCCUGCUGUGGAGGACCCUCAAGUACCUGUGGACCGUCUGCUGCCACUGCAAUGUCAAGAAGAAGGAUGUUCAGAGGGUCAUUAACCCCAUUGGAGCAGGUGAUGGAGUCGGUAAAGUUGGAGACAAGAAGGAAGCGGCUGCGGCGGUCAGCGAGGUGGGCUGGAUGACCUCAGUGAAGGACUGGGCCGGGGUCAUGAUCUCUGCGCAGACGCUGACCGGACGAGUGCUGGUGGUGCUGGUGUUCGCCCUCAGCAUUGGAGCGCUGGUCAUCUACUUCAUCGACUCUUCUGAUCCGAUAGAAUCAUGUCAGAUUUUCGAUGAGGACAUCACGCUGCAGAUCGACAUGGCGUUCAACAUCUUCUUUCUGCUGUACUUCGGCCUGAGAUUCAUUGCGGCUAAUGAUAAGCUGUGGUUCUGGUUGGAGGUGAAUUCGGUGGUGGAUUUCUUCACGGUGCCGCCAGUGUUCGUGUCGGUGUAUCUGAACCGGAGCUGGCUGGGACUGAGGUUUUUACGAGCCUUAAGAUUGAUACAGUUCUCAGAAAUAUUACAGUUUUUAAAUAUCUUAAAGACUAGCAAUUCCAUAAAGUUGGUGAAUUUGUGCUCAAUCUUCAUAAGCACAUGGCUAACUGCUGCAGGCUUCAUACACUUGGUGGAAAACUCAGGGGAUCCUUGGGAAAACUUCCAAAAUUCCCAACCACUUUCCUACUGGGAAUGUGUGUACUUACUCAUGGUAACCAUGUCCACGGUGGGCUAUGGAGAUGUUUGUGCUAAAACGACGCUCGGCCGCCUUUUCAUGGUCUUCUUCAUCCUCGGCGGAUUGGCCAUGUUUGCCAGCUACGUCCCUGAAAUCAUAGAAUUAAUAGGAAACCGCAAGAAAUAUGGUGGUUCCUAUAGUGCGGUAAAUGGGAGAAAGCAUAUUGUGGUGUGUGGUCACAUCACUUUGGAAAGUGUUUCCAACUUCCUCAAAGACUUCCUCCACAAGGACAGGGACGAUGUCAAUGUAGAAAUUGUUUUUCUCCAUAAUAUUUCCCCUAAUCUUGAGCUGGAAGCCUUAUUCAAACGGCACUUCACUCAGGUGGAAUUCUACCAGGGAUCCGUCCUAAAUCCCCACGACCUAGCAAGAGUGAAGAUUGAGUCAGCAGACGCCUGUUUGAUUCUCGCCAAUAAAUAUUGUGCAGACCCUGAUGCAGAAGAUGCAUCAAAUAUCAUGAGAGUAAUAUCUAUCAAGAACUAUCAUCCAAAGAUCCGAAUCAUCACACAGAUGCUGCAAUACCAUAACAAGGCUCACCUGCUGAACAUUCCGAGCUGGAACUGGAAGGAGGGGGAUGAUGCGAUCUGCCUGGCCGAGCUGAAGCUAGGCUUCAUCGCUCAGAGCUGCCUGGCCCAGGGCCUGUCCACCAUGCUGGCCAACCUCUUCUCCAUGAGGUCAUUCAUCAAGAUUGAAGAGGACACGUGGCAGAAAUAUUAUCUGGAAGGAGUCGCCAAUGAAAUGUACACAGAGUAUCUGUCCAGUGCCUUUGUGGGGUUAUCUUUCCCUGCGGUCUGUGAACUCUGCUACGUGAAGCUGAAGCUCCUGUUGAUAGCCAUUGAGUAUAAGUCUGACCAGAGAGAGAGCAGUACGUUGAUUAAUCCAGGAAAUCAUGUGAAGAUGCAGGAGGGAACGCUGGGCUUCUUCAUCGCCAGUGAUGCCAAAGAAGUGAAGAGGGCCCUUUACUACUGCAAAGCCUGCCAUGAUGACAUCACAGAUCCGAAAAGGAUAAAGAAGUGUGGGUGUAAACGAUCUAAGAAGGCCUGCAGGCGUGGAACGCGACUGGCAUGUUGUUUAGAUUGUGGAGAGGCAGAUUACGGCUGCUUGUGCAUGUCCCGCAGUGUCCGCAGCAAUGCGGAGACUGCCUUUCCUCUGUCACCCACCUGUCUUAGCGAUAAUUCGGCAACUUUGCGCUCCUCUAAAAGUAACUAUAACGGAUAUAUCAAAUCAAUUGAGGAGGUCCACCAGUCCACUCUGUCCCCGAAGAAGAAACAGCGCAAUGGAGGAAUGAGAACAUCACCCAACUGCUCCCCCAAAAACCUCAGACAUGACCCUCUCCUGAUCCCCAGUCAUGAUCAGAUGGAGACGAUGGACGUGAACGUGAAGAAAUAUGACUCCACAGGGAUGUUUCACUGGUGCCCGUCCAAAGACAUCGAGAAGGUCAUACUGACUCGCAGUGAGGCAGCGAUGACGGUGCUGAGUGGUCACGUGGUGGUGUGUAUAUUUGGGGACGUGAAGUCGGCAGUGGUUGGGCUGAGGAACCUGGUGAUGCCGCUGAGGGCCAGUAACUUUCAUUACCACGAGCUGAAGCCCAUCGUGUUCGUGGGCUCUCUGGAGUAUCUGAAGCGGGAGUGGGAGACGCUCCACAACUUCCCCAAAGUCUCCAUACUGCCCGGCAGUCCUCUGAGCAGAGCAGAUCUGAGGGCCGUCAACAUCAACCUGUGCGACAUGUGUGUGAUCCUGUCGGCCAAUCAGAACAACAUCGACGACGCGUCCCUGCAGGAUAAGGAGUGUAUCCUGGCCUCCCUCAACAUCAAAUCCAUGCUGUUUGAUGACAGCAUAGGUCUUCUGCAGGCCAACUCACAGGGCUUUACUCCUCCUGGAAUGGACCGUUCAUCUCCUGAGAACAGUCCAGUUCACGGCCUCGUGCGCCAGACCUCCGUCACAACAGGAGCAAACAUCCCCAUCAUCACAGAGCUUGCUAAAUCAGACAGGCUGCUGAACGCAGUGUGUGUGAGACAAGACAAGAGCAUCGGGACGAACAUCCCUAUGAUCACUGAGCUGGUGAAUGACUCCAAUGUGCAGUUUCUGGAUCAGGAUGAUGAUGAUGAUCCAGACACGGAGUUGUACCUCACUCAGCCUUUUGCCUGCGGAACUGCCUUCGCUGUCAGUGUACUCGACUCACUGAUGAGUGCGACUUACUUUAACGAUAAUAUCCUCACGCUGAUCCGGACGCUGGUUACGGGAGGAGCCACCCCGGAGCUGGAGGGCUUAUUAGCGGAAGAAAACGCUUUACGUGGAGGCUACAGUACUCCUCAGACCCUGGCCAAUAGGGACAGAUGCCGGGUGGCACAACUGGCUCUCUAUGAUGGGCCCUUCGCUGACCUUGGGGAUGGUGGUUGCUAUGGAGAUUUGUUCUGCAAGGCAUUAAAGACGUACAAUAUGCUGUGCUUUGGGAUAUACCGGCUAAGAGACGCUCACCUGAGCGCGCCAAGCCAGUGCACCAAGCGGUACGUCAUCACCAACCCCCCGUAUGAGUUUGAGCUGGUGCCCACAGACUUGAUUUUCUGCCUGAUGCAGUUUGACCACAAUGCCGGUCAGUCCCGGGCCACUCUGUCCCACUCGUCCCACUCUUCUCAUUCGUCCAGUAAGAAAAGCUCCUCGGUCCAUUCGGUCAACACCAGCACCCGGGCCGGCCGCAGCAAGAGCCGAGAGCCACGAGACAAGCAGAAGUACGUUCCACUGUAACACCCUGAAGACCUGUCACUAUACCUCCUUCUCUCUCUCUUUCUGUCUCUGUCUCUCUUUCUCUGUUUCUUCGUGCCUGUGUGAUACGUCUGGCCUCAUGCCCCCUGCCGGCCAUGAGUGUGAGGAGUGCAGUACGAGUGUGAGUGUGUGUGCGCGAGUGUGUGUGUGUGUUAUGGCACACUCUGCGCACUCUCCUGCAGCCGUGUGCCAUUAGCAUGUGACCUCAGAAUGUCGCAGCGUCUCCUUCAGCGCCUGACGAGACUCAGAACAGUGAACUAAAGCUCAGCCUGAUUCAGCCCUACACACUCUUAACACAUACACCCCAUCCUCCGGAGCCUGACACUUGACUCCACCUCACGACUCCACCCGAGUCUCCACCCUGCUGUGUGUCUUCAGCCACGGUUUACAGUUUACGUUAACAGGUGGUGUUUUAUUUUCUUCACUGACGAUGACGAUGAUGAUGACGCUGAGCCGGACAGGCUGGAUGGUUCUGAGAAGGUUUUGCACUGAAACUGCACUUUAAGCACAAAGCGUUUGUCUGUAAUCAAGCCAUCAUGUGUGUGUUUAUCAGUUUCUGUAUGGAUUUGUUUAAACUGCCUUUUUUUUGUUCUGGGAAAGAGUCUCAUUCCUCCUGCUGUAGAAACACCAGUGUUAAAUUAGCACCUUUUGUCUACAUCAGCUCACAAGGGCCUGUAUGAUGACUUGACGCAAGAUUUUCAUUAAACAAUUCCAUUCAACAUAUAUUCUUCAAUUGGUGCAACCAUGCCACAUUUAUAUUAAUUGACCCAGUGAUGGGUAGCAACCAUACUGAAGCUCAGUGAUUACCUGUUCAACAGAAACAUAGCCAUAUCCAAAUAGCUUAUCCAUUUCCAUGGCAGCUGCACACUGUUUGAGUGCUGUUGUCUACGUAUACCUGCCAACCCUGAGUGUGGAAAUGGGACUAGGGGAAUUGUGGUGAGCAGAUUCAGAGGCUACAUCCCACACAGAUUUCUGUGAUGUAAAUCUCUGCUAAUACGAGCUGCCUGUGAUUAAACUCAGCAUGUUUUCUUAAUAUCUGAUGAUUAAUAGAUUAAUACAUCCUGAUCAUGUUAUGAGUUACUAAGAAAAUAUAAUCCUUAAUGGUCCUUUAAUGCUGUAGGUUCUCAUUUAACGCUGGUGGAUUUAUUGUACAAAAACUUAUAGAGUAGAUCCCCCUUUACAGCUCAGUCAAAGGUUUGGACACACCUGACUAAACGUAUAUUUUUCAAAAUAUAAAAAUAUAUAAUAUUACAUGUCAAAAACAUUUUGAGCUAGAACUUUAUAUGUAAAAUAUAAUAGAAACAUCUGAUAUUACGUAUUGUUUUAAAACUUGAUUCUUGGCAAAUAUUAAGCAUUUUAUAGUUAAUGAAAUGGUAAUGUAGGCGUCGUCUUUGAUCCAGAUCUUGAAAUGUCUUGACAUUUACAGAUCCUACUGUGUGUAGAAGAAGGGAAAAGAGGAAAGGUCAGUAAGAUAGGUGUUAUGUGUAAGUAGAGGUCUUUUAAAAACUUGUAGAAGUUGGAGUGUGGUUUAGGUAAAGGUGACAUGAAGUCUACUGGUAGAACUUUCACAGAAAAUUUGCAUUCUAGUAAUUUUAACUUGUUUUAUUUCAUUUUAUCUACCAAAUAAAACAAUUCUACACAAAAUGUUUAGCUUGUCUUAAGAAAUAAUUAUUUUAAAAAAAUUAUAUUCCCUAUUUUUCGCACUAUAAGGCGUACUAUCAAUGAACGUCUAUUUUCUAAUCUAUUUUCAUACAUUAGGCGCACUGGAUUAUAAGGCUCAUUUUAAGAGACACUGUAAGGAAUUUCUAAUUCAGCAGGUGGGGAUAGGACGUAGGUAACUAAGUUAGGUAAAGCUAAGCUAAGUAAACAAAACUGUAAUUAAAAAAGACUUUCUUUUAAAGUCAAACGAGCGCUGGAUGUUAAUCUAUACAGAUUUCUUUUCUGAAAACUGUUUAUUUGGGUGAUUAAAGAGCCUUUCCGUUAAUUCAAAGUAAGCUUAGAUUCCCGAAUUAGCAUUAGCAUUAUUGGCUAACCGCCAACAGUCCAAUAUACACACCUCUAAACUGCGAAAGAGCUAGCGCAGAUAGUGGGUAAUCCUAAUACUGCUCCAGCAGUGCUAGCCAGGGUUAGCAGCAGGCAACAGGCCAAUAAUACUCACCCCUAAACAGCAAAAGAGCUAGCGUGGUUAGCACUUAAUGCAAAUGCUUUUCCAUCAGUGCUAGCUGGGUUCAAAUCAGGCUACAGGCCAAUAAUACUCACCUCUGAAUGGGGAAAUAGCGGUUAGUGGCUAAUGCUACUCCAGCCCUGGUUCUGGAGAACUAAAUUGAAACUCCUGUAUAAAGCUGUACUUCAGUGGAGUGGUUUUACUGCCACUUACAACCUGACUGAAAAAGAUUCAUACAUAAGGCUCACCGGAUUAAAAGGCGCACUGACGAUUUUUGGGAAAAUGAAAGGAUUUUAAGAGCACCUUAUAGUGUUAAAAUUCGGUAGUAAAAUAAAUCACUCCCUCCAUGUAAUAUGAUGUAAAACAUGUUUGAAAAUAAGUUGUAAUUGAAGCAAACCAAGAAUUAACUAAAUAAAACUAAAACAAUGUAAAUUGCGAUUGCAAAAGUGUGUGAAGCAACAUCAAGGCAGAGUGGAUCAUCUUUGAAGGUAUCUAUCUUUUUUCAAUUUGGAGGACUGUGUUUAGAUGUGUGUCCAAACCUUCGACCUGUGCUGUGUAUUCUGUCUCUCACGUGAAGGACUGAUGCCAUGCUUCAGUAUGUUUCUUCAGAUUCCUUCUGAAGAAAGAGCGUGCAAAACUUAUCAGGCAUUUGAUCGGUAAUGUCCGAUAACUACUACGGGAGCCUUGAAUAAAAAUCGGGAAGUAAAGUCCAAUUCAUUUAUAAACCAUUUAAAUAACACUGUUUAUGAUUCCAGAAAACAUGUAUCUCACAUUUCACUGUUUUAUUUCUGUCUUGUUAAUGGAGAUGAUUUGAUAUUACAUAAGAUAAGCCUGAUAUAAAUCUACAGAAAUGUUUUUAAAGCUUCUUUCAGCAGGAUAUAGGUGUUACAGCACCCUCUAAAGGUGACAUGGGGGAUGACAUCAAAAUUCACACAAUCGGCCUUUAAGACAACAGACACUUGUUUAGGAAGCUUUAAUAAAUUGUAAUAAAGGUUGAAGUGAGCUGUUGUGAAGGGCUUAUGUAGGUGUUAUUUAGCUUUAAGAAGGUUCUUUUGUGAUGUUGGAUGUGAUUUCACCUGGCAAAGUCUUAUAAGAACUGCUGUUUGCUGGAAUAAGCCAGUAGGAAUGUUUUUGUAGGUCUUUUGUAGGUCUGUGUCACUCAUUAUCUCAGUCAUAAAAUGCAUCUUUAGAUGUUUUACACUUGUCUAAAUAAUGUAAAUCUAGCUAGGUCUGUCUCAGCGGCCGGAGUCCGAGAGAGCACAAUUGGCUAUGCUCUCUCUGGGUGGGUAGAUGGUGCUUUCUCACCUCAUAAAUCCCAUUUUGAGAUUUGCAGGCGCAGUCUAUUAGCUGGUGUAUCAUAGCUGGGAUUGGGGCGCUUUCCUCUGAGCACGCCUAGUGAUGCUGCACUGAUUGGCUGCAGUUGGGAAAAAAGCAAAGUCUGACUUUACAUACGCUCGUCCUCACAAUCCUAGUGUAAAGAGCACUACUAGUGAUAGUGGGAGUCCUACUGAGUGGGUGGAUACAUUGGCUCAGAUAAACUGUGGAACGGAUUGGGUAAAAAAAAUAUAUAAAAUUAAAAAGUUUGGCAGUUGAAGGGUUUUCCUCCUGCUGUAAAGUGGCUGUUUUAGGGAUACAAGGUUUAAUGAAGAUUUAAUGAACAUGACUCUUCUAAAACAUUAAAUAUUUCAAUAAUUUACCAAUAAUUACCUAAUCAAAAGGUAACAAUUUCAUGGGAUAUUAAACUGUAGCCAAUUGGGUAAAAAAAUCAAUAAAAGUUAAUCUAUAAAAAAUUUUAAUAAAGUGAAAAAUAAAAAGUCUGACAGGUUUUUUCUUGAACAUGACUCUUCUACAACAUUAAAUAUUUCAAUAAUUUACCAAUAAUUAACAAAUUAAAGUUAACAAUACUAUGGGAUGUAAAACUGUAGCCAAUUGGGUAAAAAGAAUCUAUAAAAUGUAAUCUAUAUAUUUUUAAAUAAAGUAAAACAUAAAAAGUCUGUCCGUUUUUUCCUUCUCCUCCUGUAAAAUGGCUGUUUUGGAGAUACAAGGUUAAAUGAAGAUUUUAUGAACAGGACUCUUUUAAAACAUUAAAUAUUUAAAUAAUUUACCAAUAAUUACCAAAUUAAAGUUAGCAAUUCUAUGGGAUAUAAAACUGUAGCCAAUUGGGUAAAAAAAAUCUGACAUUUAAUCUAUAUAUUUUUUUAAUAACGUAAAACAUAAAAAGUCUGUCAGUUUUUUUCUUCUCCUCCUGUAAAAUGGCUGUUUUGGAGAUACAAGGUUUAAUGGAAAUUUUAUGGACGCUAAUCAUCUAAAAAAAAUAAUUUUGUUUUUGUUUUAACUAUUGUUUUUUUGGAGCUCAAAUCUAAUACAUUUAUUUUAGUUUUUGGGAUGAUCCAGUCUAAUCAUGUAAUUAAAUGCACACGUUUAUUUUUUAACAGUUGCUAAUCGAAUAUGAAGAAGUUUCUAUGGUUAGUAAGUGGAUUUUCAGACGUUUCCUUCCGUAUUUUUGUUAAAAUAAAAAAGAAAUCUAUCAUUCUCACUCUCAUCCUGCUCACCGUCCCACCUAAAGUGAUUUCAGUAUUUUGAAGGCUGUUGUUUCAAAGCUGAAAUGAGGCUCUGCUGCCUUUGUCAGGUGGUUCAAAGUGAAUAUAAAGUACUCAUUUUAUUGAGUACGCGCAAAAACAUCUUUCACCAAGUAAACUGUUAAAACUACUUGUGCUUUUAACUGUUGAUCAUGAAUCAUGUUUCAUUUCUUUGUUGAUUUUUCUGUUUAUAUUCAUGUUAUGUGCUAGAAUUCUUGGACCAAAGUACUAUAUAUUUUUUUUGUUUUGUUUUUUUCUGGUUAAUAAAAUUUUAAUCAUGUGUAUACCUUCCAUAUAUUAAUGAUGAAAUAGUAUACUCUAUAUCUUAAAAGUAAUCCUAAUAAAAUAUCUUUUUCUGUAUUAAA